UUUGAUAUUUGUAAAAUUUUGCAAUAGUCAAUGCUGCUAGGGAUGUGACAUGGAAGAAAAACAGACGACCAUAAGUUUAUCAUAUAUAGUAUAUCAUUUUAAGUAAUGAACACCAUGAAAUGAUUAAAUAAAUCAACCGCGUGUAAUUAUAUAUGAUUCGUCUGACGAUCUACGAGGUAUGAUCUCAUUUCCUGGCAAAUCAUACGGUAAUCGAAGUUUUCUUUUUCGCGUUAACGGAAUAUUUGUAGGCAUUCGCAUUCACUUGUCAUCGUCGUAAGAGUUUACAUGUGUGCAUAGUAUUUAGAAAUGGCAACUGGAGGUAGUAGUUUUAUAAGUAAACCAGCCAGAGGAUGGCUACACCCUGAUCAUUUAGUGAGCAAAGAAGGAAUCACUUAUACUGUAAAGUAUAUAGGCUGUCUUGAAGUAUAUACGUCUAUGAAAAGUUUGGAUUUUGAGACAAGAUCAUGCGUUGCCAAAGAAUGUAUAAACAGAGUCUGUGAAGCGGCUGGAUUAAAAUCUGCAGAUAAGAAGAGAAGGGUGGAUAGAAAAGUAUUAAGGGCAAUAGCAGACAAGCCUCGUAUGGAACAUACAGGUGCUACAAUAAAUUUAACUAUUAGCAGUUGCAGUUUAGCUUUGACUAAUAUAGAGACUGGAUAUAUCAUUGCUAAACAUGAAAUGCCACGUAUAUCCUUUGCUUCAGGUGGAGAUACGGAAAUACUGGAUUUUGUUGCUUAUGUUGCAAAAAAUAUGCAAGAGUGGCGAGCUUGUUAUGUAUUGGAAUGUGGAGGAGGACUGGCACAGGAUGUAAUAUCUACUAUUGGACAAGCUUUUGAACUACGUUUUAAAGAAUUUCUUACUAAACCAGCUGCGCUACACCCUAUGUUAAAUGGCAUUAGGGAAGCAGAUAGAGAUUACUAUAAUGAUUUGCCAGGCAAAGUACCACCGGAUAUUGGUCCUCCCCCAGUGCCACCUUUACCAACUACCGUAUCCACGUUACCUAAUUUGAAACAUCAUCACUCUGGACAAAAUCAUACAUCACGAGGCAACGCACAAAAUUCUGGUUUACACGAUACAUUUUCUUCCAAUCCUGAUAGACAUCACCAACAAUGGGCAGAGACUGGUAAUUUAAUUGACUUAAAUUCUGAUGGAACACUAACAUCUACAAAUUUCAAUAUACCUCCAGAACAUAAUUAUGUUAAUGAUAGCGUUAUAGCUGCUACAAGAGAAAGUCAUCGCGAUCAAACAUCACUUUUUGAUGUCUUCGACAUGCAACCAUUUAGUUCUGCAAUAUCGGACAUGAAUAGAUUAAGUCCACAUUCUCAGAAGCAACAAUUAAAACAAGAAAUAUGGUUCCAUGGUAGCGUUAGCCGCGCUGAAGCAGAGUCUAUGCUAACAAGAGACGGCGAUUUUUUGGUUCGCGAAUCUCAGGGCUCUCCUGGACAAUAUGUCCUUACUGGUAUGAACAAUAAUACACCUAAACAUUUAUUGUUAAUCGAUCCAGAAGGCGUAGUUCGUACGAAAGACCGUGUUUUCGAUAGUGUAAGUCAUUUAGUGAAUCAUCAUUGUGACAAUGUAUUACCAAUUAUAUCAGCAGACAGCGUUUUAGUACUUCGAUAUCCAAUUCCUAGACGUACAACUAAUUGAUUUUUAUAAAGCUACAAUAGCGUUAAGAAAUAUGACUAAAGUUCGCAUUCGGUAUCGAUUAACUACCAUUAAUAUUUAAUAGCAAAAAUCGAUACUGGAUACGACACUUUUCAUAGCAAUUAAAAAUUUCAUGAAUCAUUACGACAGAUGAAUAUAAUUAAAAUUCUAUGAAAUUAUAAAUAUUUUUCUUUUCAAGAAAUGAAAAAUGAUCUAUUAACGAUAUUUUUCAGUUUAAAAAAAUUCAUUUGUUUAUAUAGGACUUCCAACGUAUUAGUAUGAGUCAUGAAUAUAUCUCAAAGUGUGCCACGAUUUAAUUUCUUAAUAAUAAUUCAGUGGUUUUACUGACUAGAGUAAGAUCAUAUCUUUAAUUCUUUUUAUAUAACUUUACCAUGUAGAUCAUGGCUUUUUGUGAAAAAUAUUUGCAUGAUUUCACUCAUUUUAUGUUACAUAGUUUGUAACGCAAUUACAUGGGAAAGAUACAUAUUUUUCCUAAUUUUUUAAUGUCCUCGCAAUGUGGUAUUUUACUUCGAUAUCGAAUUUGUAAAUUAAUAUUUUAUUGUAAUAUCAACGUUAAUAGAAUGAUAUAUUUAUAAAAUUGCUUCGAAAAAUAUAUUAAUUCAACUGAAUCUUCGUACUUUGUUUCCAGCAAAAUACUUGAAUUAUAUUUUGAAGAAACUGAAUUUUGUACUUUUGUAUUAUGUACAUGUAAAAAUAUUUAUUGUGCUUAUA